AGAUUGGGAUUUAAUCCAUUGAGUUCAUUUGCGGGGCUCCUUCCAAGUGACCUGAGCAGCAUGGGACCACAUGGAGAAACAGAAUUAUGGAAGGGUCAUCAUGACUUCACCAGCUUCAGGAGUGUAUGGCAACUUUGGCCAGGCCAAUUACAGUGCUGCAAAGCUGGGUCUUCUGGGCUUAGCCAAUACUCUUGCAACUGAAGGGCGAAAAAACAACAUGCAUUUCAACACACUUGCCCCUACUGCAGGAUCGAGAAUGGCUAAGACUGUUUUGCCAGAAGAUGUUCUCAAAGCUCUGAAGCCAGAUUGUGUUGCACCUCUGGUCCUUUGGCUUUGCCAUGAGAGUUGUGAGGAAAAUGGUGGCUUGCUUGAGGUAGGAGCUGGAUGGAUUGAAAAAUUACACUGGGAGAGAACCCUUGGGGCCAUUGUAAGGCAGAAGAAUCAGCCAAUGACUCCUGAGGCAGUGAAAGCUAAAUGGGCGCAAAUCUGUGACUUUGAUAAUUCGAGCACCCCUCAGAGUAUUCAAGAAUCAACUGGCAGUAUAUUUGGCGUUCUAAGUAAAGGAGUUUCAACGAAUCAUACCAGUCAUGCAGCAUCACCAACCACAUCAGGAUUUGCAAGUGCUAUUGGCUAUCAACUCUCUUCAUUUUCUUGUGCUUAUACCGAACUGGAAGCUAUUAUGUAUGCUCUUGGAGUGGGUGCGUCCGCUAAGGAUCCAAAAGAUUUGAAAUUCAUUUAUGAAAGAAGCUCUGAUUUCUCCAGUUUGCCUACCUUUGGAGUUAUCAUUGUGCAGAAAUCUGUAAUGGGUGGAGGAUUAGCAGAGGUUCCUGGCCUUUCAAUUAACUUUGCAAAGGUGCUUCAUGGGGAGCAAUAUUUGGAGUUAUAUAAACCACUUCCCAGAUCAGGAAAAUUAAGAUGUGAAUCACAUAUUGCUGAUAUCCUAGAUAAAGAGUCCGGUUUAGUGGUUCUUAUCGAUGUCUAGUCAUAUUCUGAGAAGGAAGUUGUAUGUUAUAAUCAGUUCUCUGUCUUCAUUGUUGGCUCUGGAGGGUUUGGUGGAAAACGAAUAUCAGACAAAGUCAAGAUGGCUGUAGCCACACCCAAUCGGCCUCCAGAUGCUGUACUUACAGAUAGCACCUCUUUCAAUCAGGCUGCUUUAUAUCACCUCACUGGAGACUGGAAUCCCUUACAUAUUGAUCCUGAUUUUGCUAGUUUAGCUGGUUUUGACAAGCCCAUGUUACAUGGAUUAUGUACAUUUGGAUUUUCUGCCAGGCAUGUUUAAAAGCAGUUUUCAGAUAACAAUGUGUCCAGCUUCAAGGCAAUUAAGGUGAGUUUUGCAAAACCAGUAUAUCCAGGUCAAACUGUGCAAACGGAGAUGUGGAAGGAAGGAAACAGAAUCCAUUUUCAAACUAAGAUCCGAGAAACUGGAGACAUUAUCAUAUCAAAUGCAUACAUAGAUUGGGUGCCAACAUUUGUUAUUUCAGCUAAGACACCCUCUGAGGGUGGAGAGCUUCAGAGUACCCUUGUGUUUGAGGAAAUUGGCCACCGCCUUAAAGAUGUUGGGCAUGAGGUGGUAAAGACAAUAAAUGUUGCAUUUGAGUGGCAUAACACUAAAACUGGAAACGUUGCAGCUAAAUGGACUAUUGACCUAAGAAGUGGUUCUGGACAGAUGUAUCAAGGCCCUGCAAAAGGCUCUACUGAUAUAACCAUUGUGAUUUCAGACGAAGACUAGCAGGUGGUCCUGGGCAAGCUCGACCCUCAGAAGGCUUUCUUCCGUGGACGACUGAAGGCAAAAGGGAACAUCAUGCUGGCCCAGAAGCUUCAGAUGAUCCUUAAAGACUACGCCAAGCUUUGAAGAGCACACUGGAUUAUUAAUUAAAAUAAAAGAAUUAGACUCUUUCUUUACCAAAAUAUGCUUGAUUAGUCAGCAAAAGUGAAACAAACUAAGAUAUAGUUGAAGCAGCUUAACAUUUUCAGAUUUCAGAUAACUAUAGAUUUUCAUUUUUACUAAUUUUUCAUGUAUCAUUUUAAAAAUGUAAACUAGAAUGUAAUUAUGCUUUUGUUCUUAAA